CGGACACGGGAUUAGGAACGUGGGGAAACGCAGGGAAACGGCGAAUUCGUCGAGCGAUCGGGAGGCAGCGUCAACGGAUGGUGCGGUGUAGCUGUAGGGUCUCCUAGCGACAAGGCGUAGUGAAAAAAAAGAGAGGGGAAGCUCCGCCCGCCUCUCAAUUCCUCUAUACUUUUCCGCGCCGUCGUUUCGCGGGAUUCUUCUCUCCGUCUUCUCGAUCGCGGUCUCGUGGUUCCUUCGUCGCAGGAGAUCUUCUUGAUCGGAAAGCUGUCGGUUUUGGAGGAAGAGAGUUGCUGAACGAACUGUCAGCUGGCUUUUAGAGACGAUCUUUGGGAAAUUUUCAGCCAUAGCGGAGAAAAUAUUUCUGGUCAAGUGUUUGAGUUCCCUCUGGGGGAGAAGAGUCCAGAUUUGUGCUCGAAGAGAAAAAACUGCCUCGAGUUCCAUCUCUCGGUGAUCCUUGCCUCAGAUCUGUGGUUCGGCUGGGAAUUAUUGCAAAGGCGGCGCCUUUCUCGUGCAGCGUUAGCGGUGAAUCCGGAGGCGGCGAAAAAGAAAAACAUUUGCUGCUUCAGCAAGCGUUAAGGAACAAAGCUACAUCCGUUUCAAGGGAAGCAGGUAGAAGAGGAAGAGGCGCUUCUCGAAGCGUUUCUAGGUUUCCCUUUCGGUAAUUACGAGGAAUAAAAGCUUCAAGUUUGACGUCGACGACACACGGGAUUUCCGUGAGGCUGAAAUUGCUUGAGCUGCUCUGCAGUUAAUGUGGCAAUCAAGAGCCUUCUGUGUGCGUUUAAGCUUCUCCUUGGCUUGGUAGUGCAGACACUUCUGUUUUUUCUUCCGAAGAGAAAUUUUAGGUUGGUUUCAUGGCUUUGGCGCCACCGAAUAGUUCAUCUACAGCUCUCGUCUCAGGGGCUUAUCGAGAUGUCUUGUACCCAGAACUAUGGAAAGCAUGUGCAGGAUCUUUAGUUACUCUGCCUCGUGAAGGAGAAAAGGUUUAUUACUUUCCCCAAGGCCACAUGGAGCAGCUCGAAGCAUCAAUAAAUCAAGGAUAUGACCAGCAAAUGCCCUUGUUUGAUUUGCCACCAAAGAUCCUAUGCAAGGUAGUCCAUGUUCAGCUGCAGGCUGAAGCAGAUACAGAUGAAGUUUUUGCUCAGAUCAUGCUGCUCCCUGAAACUGAUCAAACAGAAGUUACUAGCCCUGAUACUCCAUUACCUGAGCCUGAAAAGGGCAAUGUUCACUCAUUCUGUAAAGUUCUAACUGCAUCAGACACAAGCACUCAUGGUGGUUUCUCUGUUCUAAGAAGGCAUGCAGAUGAGUGCCUUCCUCCACUGGAUAUGUCCCAGAAUCCACCCUGGCAAGAACUAAUUGCUAAAGAUCUUCAUGGAAAUGAUUGGCAUUUCCGACACAUUUUUCGAGGACAACCAAGGCGACAUCUGCUGACAACUGGUUGGAGUGUUUUUGUGAGCUCAAAGAAAUUGGUAGCUGGUGAUGCAUUGAUCUUUUUAAGAGGUGAAAAUGACGAGCUUCGAAUUGGGGUGAGAAGGCUUAUGAGACCUAUAACUAACAUGCCAUCAUCAGUCAUAUCCAGUCAUAGUAUGCAUGUUGGUGUUCUUGCUACUGCAUCUCAUGCUUUUACCACUGGGUCUCUGUUUUCUGUUUUUUACAAGCCAAGAACAAGUCGAUCGCAGUUCAUUGUAAGCGUAAACAAGUAUCUUGAAGCUAAAAACCACAAGUUCUCUGUUGGUUUGAGAUUUAAGAUGAGAUUUGAGGGUGAUGAAAGUUCAGAAAAGAGUUUCAGUGGUACUAUCAUUGGUCAAGACAAGGCACCAUCUCGAUGGGCAGAUUCAGAAUGGAGAUGCCUCAAGGUUCAAUGGGAUGAACCUUCGUCUAUAUCAAGGCCUGAAAGAGUUUCACCAUGGGAAUUGGAACCGCUUGUUAUAGCUACUCUCUCAACAUCUCAACCAGCAGUCAGAAACAAACGUGCCCGACCAUUGGUUUCAUCUGCUCUAACAUCUGAUCGAACUCCAGCAUGUAGUUUAUGGAAAUCAUCUGGAAAGAACACUCGAAGUCUAUCAUUCUCGGGUUCACAUAGCGAAACAGAGAUAUGUACGCCAUCCUGCCCAAUACCUUUAUUCACAUCGGCACCAAAGCAUGGUUCAGCUGAACCUAUCGCAAACAAUGGACCAUCAGCUGCUAACAACUCUAUAUACCGGUCAAUUGUGGGGAACCAAAUUAAUUCCUUGUCAAGCAGUGAUGAUGAACAUAGUGAAAGGAAGCAAGAAACUAGGACUGGCUGUAGGCUGUUUGGUGUCCAACUAGUUGAGAGUUGUGUAGUUGAGGAAAUUGCUGUACCAACUGCCAUUUCUUCUGUUAGAGAGGAACAACCAGUGACGUCUUUGGAUGCUGGAUUAGAUCAACAAUCUCAACUACCAAAAUUUAACAGGUCCAACGUUCCUGUACUCAUUAGUGAACCUGAGAAGUCUUGCUUGAGGUCAACCCAAGAAUCUCAAAAUCGGCAAUCAAGGAGCUGCACCAAGGUUCACAUGCAAGGAAUGGCAGUUGGGAGGGCAGUGGACUUGACUAGAUUGGAUGGAUAUAAUGAUCUUCUUCUGAAGCUGGAAGAGAUGUUUAAUAUUAAGGGAGAGCUAUCCGGCGGAGUAAACAAGUGGGAGGUUGUCUACACUGACGAUGAGGAGGACAUGAUGAUGGUUGGUGAUGAUCCAUGGCACGAGUUCUGCAGCAUGGUCAGGAAAAUAUAUAUUUACACAUGUGAAGAGUCCAGAAGGCUUGCCCCUAAGGUGAAGCUUCCUGCUUUUGGCAACGCGAUCAAGCCUGCAUCCAAGAAACCUUUGCCUUGUGCCGACAAUAGUACCAAACUGGAAGAUCAAAUUCCUGCUGCAUAAUAAUAUUGCUGACUGUCUACUAGUUGUGAAGCCAGUUCAUCAAUUGUUAGGAUGGUCCCUGUUUAUUCUUUGGCCCACUGGCUGCUGGCCCUGCCGUGUUGCUAACAGAAUCAAUCAAAAAGGAUGGGGGAUGGUGCUUUGGUUUAGGGCUCCCAUGCUUUUGUCUUUGUAGCAUUUUCUUCUUAGUUAGGAUGGUCCUUGCAGGUGCACGAGAGCUAAGCGAUGGCGAAAAUAAGUCGACUCUAGAAUAAGGCAUUGGAGAAGGGGUGAUAGAUAUACUGCAGUCUAAUGAGCUACUACUUUCCUAGCUACCAAAUAGAUGUACAUAAUUAGGCCUCAAGUUGCUAGUCUAUGUAUUAACAUCCGUGUUACAUCACAGAAUGCUAUUUGCUUCCAUCAAAUGGGAGUGUGUAUAUUAAGAAUUGGUUUUUGAUUUUUUUUUAAGUUUAAAGUGCUGUAUGAUGAGAUAAAUUUUGUACAAUUAAUGAUGAAAUCUGCAAGGCACCAACCUUACAGGAAUGAAUUUCUAUAAACUUUCA